AUGCCAAGCUUCCUUAGCACUCCGCUCUACGGCGGUGCUGUGGUGUGUGAUCUCCCAGAGAAGUUUGCCGACGUCAGCAAGCUACGACAAGUCCCAGAUAACCAGGAAGUAUGGAUUGACGAGGAUGGAUUUACCAGUAUUAUUUUCGACAUGACCGAACGCGUAGGAGGGUCGGGCAGAGGGCCCGAGAUCGACGGUCGUGCUAUUACGACUCACCUCGAGGAGCUGGUCGGAUCCGACAUUGAUAGUGUCAAGAUUUGGAACACAGCAGAGACCGAGUUCAGUCGUCUGGAGUCUAAAUAUCCAGCGUAUACCCUGAUUGCGACGCAGACGCCGAAGUCGAGCCAGUCCAGAGACAAGUCCUCCGCUCCCGACUUUACCGCGAUCAUUAUGACACUUCUACGGCUGGAGAAAUACAACACAGACAUUCUCAUCACCAUCAACGUUCCCCAUAUCAAGGGUGAAUACAAUGAGGACGACGUGGACCUGGAGCUAGGGAAGCAAGGCAAGCUCAUAGGUGAUGCCGUCGAAUACUCUGCGCGCAUCUGGAAAUCGUUCAAGAUCAAGGAUUGGGGGCUUUUCGUUGUUGACGACAACCUGCUACGACUUCGAAGUCUACCUGGCAGACACGGCUACAGUGAAUGUUCAGAAAUCGAAUGA